UUUUGUAUGCGCUAUGAUUUCACAAAUCACGACAAUCCGAUCUUAUAUUUAAUUGCGGGUUGAGAGAGACACAGGGGAUCUUAUCCCACUACCGCGUUCGGGAGAAGCGAAUACGUGGAUACGGCACUAGGAGAGGCACUCGCGAGAUGACGAUACGUCCUCUCUCGUGGACCAUCGAUCGAAUCCUGCGCAUUCGGGGGUGGCCAUAUUAUUCCCCCGCGAUCUCCCUUAAACGUCGCCGUGUAUCCGCUGCUAGUCGAUGCCGCGGAUCGUGGGCUUCGCUGCCGCGAUUUUGGCCUCGCAAGUCGCGACGUAGAUCGUAGAUGAACAACAUCGUCAUCAUCAUGCGGCUUUGUAAUCCAAAGUAGUUAGGCAGCGCGCUCUCGUUCCGAUUUCCACUCCUUUUCUUCCCUCAUUCUUCUUCAUGAAGCCUCGCUUUCGUCCGGGGUCGUUUUUAGUUUAAUCAUUUUUACGCGUCGUCUUUAACUAGGAUCGGUCGUCGCGAAUCAGACAAGCGAGAUCUCGUAGGAGGAACGUCCAAGGCGGACACCAGAUUCGCUAUUCUUUCGAAGCAACAGAUAGAGAAAUGGCGAAUUUCCGUGGAUUUUAUAUACCCUCCUUCGGAGCAACGGUCAAUGUCGCCUGGGAAACCUUGAAGGCCAAAUGGCCGGAAAACAGUCCGUGUAUGGAGCUGAUCCGCGGCGGUGGCAGCGGUGGCAUGGGCCAAGGACAAUCUCAAGGCCGCGACAGUCAGGGCCAGUUCAAGUCCUUCGAUGAGGGCCGCGACAAUACCGAGAUGAUGACCAUGAACGGGGACCAGGCGUAUCGGGAUCAGAACAACGUGGCGAUCGCCGAGGAUUCCUUCAGCUAUCAAAGAAACGGGGAUAAAGUUAAAACCGGAAGCAUAAGCAGCGGCGACUUUAGCGAGUACGACGAGGGCGGCGGAGAGUUCGGUGGGCCGGGUGUCAAGAUCAAUGAAUGGCAAGCCGCUUGGAACGUUACAAAUGCUAUCCAGGGAAUGUUCAUCGUUUCUCUGCCAUUCGCCGUUUUACGUGGCGGUUAUUGGGCGAUCGCCGCGAUGAUCGGCAUCGCGCACAUCUGUUGCUACACCGGCAAGAUCCUUGUCGAGUGCCUGUACGAGCUGGAUUCGGUGACGGGUCAGCGUGUGCGCGUACGAGAUUCGUACGUGGCCAUCGCCAAGGAAUGCUUCGGGCCAAGAUGGGGCGCACGCGCCGUCAACAUCGCGCAAAUCAUCGAGCUGCUGAUGACUUGCAUCUUGUAUGUAGUUGUCUGCGGCGACCUGAUGAUCGGGUCGUUCCCCGAGGGUGUGAUCGACACCCGCAGCUGGAUGAUGCUGAUCGGUAUAUUUCUGCUGCCGCUUGGUUUCCUCAAAUCGCUGCAGCACGUGUCCGUGCUGAGCUUCUGGUGUACGAUGUCUCAUCUCUUCAUCAAUGCGAUCAUCAUCGGUUACUGCAUCUUGGAGAUCGGUGACUGGGGCUGGUCGAAGGUGAAGUGGACGAUCGACAUGGAGAAUUUUCCGAUCUCGCUCGGCGUGAUAGUCUUCAGUUACACAUCACAGAUCUUCCUACCGACCCUUGAAGGCAAUCUCAUCGAUCGCUCCAAGUUCGACUGGAUGUUGAAUUGGAGUCACAUCGCCGCAGCUGCAUUCAAGUCGCUCUUCGGUUGGAUCUGCUUUCUGACUUUUCAGAAUGACACGCAACAGGUGAUCACCAACAACUUGCACUCAGCCGGUUUCAAAGGUUUGGUGAAUCUAUGCCUGGUCAUCAAAGCGGUGCUCUCAUAUCCGUUGCCGUAUUACGCAGCCUGCGAGCUCCUAGAACGCGCCUUCUUCCGCGGUCGACCGAAAACGAUCUUCCCGACCAUCUGGACGGUGGAUCGUGAGCUCAAGGUCUGGGGUCUGGCUUGGCGAGUCGGCGUGAUCGUGUUCACUAUUUUGAUGGCGAUCUUCAUACCGCACUUCAGCAUAUUGAUGGGUUUCAUCGGUUCCUUCACCGGCACUAUGCUCUCAUUUAUCUGGCCUUGUUACUUUCAUCUGAAGCUGAAGAGAAAUUCGAUGGAAUGGAGCGCCGUCGCAUACGAUUGCUUCGUCAUCUUUCUCGGUAUUCUCUUCGGUGUGAUCGGCGUCUACGAUUCUGGCUCUGCGCUGAUCAAUGCCUUCGAGAUCGGUUUACCCUUCUGAGCGAUCUUGCGCCAAUUAGGUUUUAUGUUGUUGUUCUUGUCUUGUACCGAAAUGAUAUUACGCUCUCGAGAGCUGUCGAAAUAUUCGAUUCUAAUAUGCUUGAUAUUCAUGCAUUAAUUGUUGAUGCAUACGGGAGACUAUAUGAAAAGAUACUUUAAAACGAUAAUUUUGAUAGAAAAUUGCUGUAGGAAAAUAUAUUUUCUACUAAAAAUUAAAAAGUUCUUUCUCUAAAUAAUAUUCUGAUCUGACGGAGAACUUAUUUACAAAAUGUCGUAAUAAUAUAUAUUAGAAAGAUAUACAUGCGAAAUUUCCCUCUGAAUUUCAGUCGCUAAUAAAAUUUCUUAAAAGAGAUAUAUAUUCUCCAACUCUAAAAUGCAUCAGUAAGAAUCAAACAUUUCAUAUGCUCGAAAAUAAUUAACAUAAGAAUUUUGUAUCUAUAUUUCUCGCCAUUAUUUUUAUUGUCUUUUUAGUGUUGCAUAAUUUUGUUUCUAUUAUUGUUAACAUAACGAGGAUAUUCUGAAUUUUUCUUUAAAAUAAUUUUAAAUCGAUUCAAUCGAUUAAAGUGCAAGAGAGCACUGUCUUCCAUUCGCGUAAAAGUAUAAUCUGUGCUUGUAUUUGUAAUGACAUGCGUUUUCCGCACGACAAAUUUACAUUCAAAUAAUCAACAUAUCCAAAAUUGUUUUCUCUACUGUAAUAGCAGACUGUUAUGAUCUAUUUUUAGAAACGUAAAAAUUCAAAAUUAGACGAAAACGUACUAUUUUCAAUUAGUAUGUAAUUGCAGUAUUCAUUUUCGAAAGGAGAAAAUCACCGGCUCUCUAAGUGGCGUAAUUUGAAGUUCUAUUGUAUAUUUCAAUUUUAUCAGGAUUGUAACAUAUCUGUAACGCGAAUGUGGGGUUUAUCCGUCUUCCAAUCCCCGAUUUGUUUUACAUUCGGGAGAAUAGUAGAAUAAAACGAGAGAGAGUGAGAAAGAGAGAAAUCUAGGGCGUCAUUAAACGUGACAAUAUCUCACGAUGUCUUCCACGAUGCAACAGUAAGCAGAGCGCAGUCUAACUUACUAGUUGACUACUGUUACAGUUUUUUGGAUUUUAUAAUUGUAUGUAUCACUCUGCGAAGUUGUAUAAUCGUAUAUAAUUUUUAUGCGACGCAUCGAAUCACGACGACGGGAUGUGUGUAGCCGCGAUCGAUCGAUCUUGAUCGCGAUUUUUGCGGACAAAAAUUAUUAUAGCGAUUAUGAUGAACGCGAUGAAUCUCUGUCAAAUAAUUUUUGGAAUAGAGCCCGUCCCUUCGUUGCGUAAACGAUGCGCGGACAAUUAUAUACAACCGUACAGUACAAUUAGUUAUAUAAUCCAAGGUCUUCCAAGAGAUCCUAUAGAUCACAUUAGCUUAAGGAAUGAGUAUAGAACAACGUAGUUGUUCCGUGAAGCUGCAGAAUGCUGCGGAAAAGCAGAUAAAUCUACAUUUUGCAAAAUUCUACACAAAGAUAGUUAGAGUUUCAUACUAUAUAUUUUUGAAUUCCGAAAUCGUUAAAGAUAUUUACAAAUCUAUGGAUCUUUUUAUAGCGGUUGAGUUUUCUCGAAAUUUUUUAGCAAUAUAGAUUUUUCAUAUAUAUAUUGUAGAUCUGUAGACUUACAGAUUGUUGACUCCAUUCAAAUCAAAUUUUCUUUCCUUUGAAUUUACUAUUUCGCACUUUUUUUUCUCUGUCGAAGCUACAUAUCUGCGUAUGUUCUGCAGACACGGAAAAUUUGCAGAUUAAAGCGCGUUAAUAAUUGUGAAACGAGUCUUCCAAUAAUGUCUUCCAGAACGACAAUAUUAAUGAAAAUAAUAUAACAUAUAAUAUUAUACAAUAAUGACAUAAUGAUGUAUUACUAUUUAUUGAAGGGCAGGAUCUUUGUCGAAUGAUAUUAAGCGUUAUGUUGAAUGCUGUAGAUGUUAAGCGUUAACUCGUAAGGCUACAUGGGGGUCAUGCAUAAUUGAUGUUUCAUAUCAAUGAAUAUAUCAAUGAUACAUAAUGUAAGUAAAGUCUCACGCUGUUCACGAAAUCAGAUUUAGAUCGUUAUCGAGGGAUCAUCCUACUUCUUUAUAUCGACAAUAAUUAUCAAAAGCGGUUGAGUGAGGAUUGUAUUGGAAUCUUCUCUUCGUGGUCGCAAAAUAACGAUAGACCUAGUAUUUGACAUUUGUCCUAUGAAACUAUGAAUUUUUUGCUUUGACGUAUCCCGUUAUCAGUCUGAAAGAAAAAAAAAAUAGAACGAAUGUCGCAACGUAAAAAUCUGUUGUAGAGAUUUAGAGAAAUAGUUGAUCUAUUUCUGAAUUAUGGAGGCGAACCACAAAGAGAUAUUCCGCAAGCUAAUAUUUUAAUGCGGACAAAUAUAGGCUUUUAAAACGCUUCUGCAGAAAUAUUCGUAUUUCGUGGCGUUUCGAGAAGGGCAAAACCUCAUCGGUGUUGUGUAGGCAAAAUAUAUCUAUAAACGUUAUAAAACGAUGUAAAGCGGUCUCGUAUUACGAGAAAUAUGAAAAUACAUUAUCCAAUGUGAAUACGAGAAGUGUGAUAAUAUAUUGACAAAAUUUUACAAAUGUAUACUUCACUUCGCCCAGUAAUAUUAUCAUUUUAUAUCUUUCUUUGAAG